UGAGUUGAUUUUGCCCGGGAGGGGACCGCGGUUUUUAUGCCUGAUGGGAAUAUGUGUAUUGCGGUAGUACAGGUGUAAGCUAAAAUACCACCAACUGCCUGGAAUAUCCUGGGAGAGGGGGCGGCGUGAUCUAAAACAGGAAUAUUCGGAUGCCGGGCGUAGUCCAAGAGAAGGAUAGGCAUGACCUGGUUGAGCAAACUUGAGGUUGCAUGUCACCAGUCAUAUUUUCCAAAGGAAUGAAGCACUGAGUGAACACUUAGAACUUGGAACUUACACAUCUCAACUGUCAUCACUCCAUUACUCUCUUUGGAAAAUAAUCCUUGCCAAACUAUUGGAAAUUCCCAAAGCAGAAGGAUACCACUGUUGAUGGAAAUGCCUCAUAGUGAGACAGUUGAAAAUGGGUAUAGUGACAUGGCUAAUUCACAGGAGCACGGUAAACCGUUGAGCAAUGACACUUUACAUUCAAAUGCCAUCAGCCCCUUAGAUUCUUGCAAAAGACCUCUCUGUGACACAAACUCUGGACCAAAAAAACAGUGCAAAAAAAUCAAUGAAGAAAAUACUGCUUGUGGAUGGGGGCCUUUUAAGCCUGAUUGUUUACAGGUUUGCAAUACACCAAAGGGAAUUCUAUUUUUCCUUUGUCUAGCUUCCUUUUUGCAAGGCAUGACUGUAAAUGGCCUCAUAAACACAGUCAUUACCUCAUUAGAACGACGUUUUGAUCUCCAUAGUUACCAGAGUGGACUGAUUGCUAGUUCAUAUGACAUUGCAGCAUGUGUCUGUUUGACGUUUGUCAGCUACUUUGGGGGUAAUGGACAUAAACCUCAGUGGCUGGGCUGGGGGAUUCUAGUCAUGGGAUUUGGCUCCUUUGUGUUUACAUUGCCUCAGUUUGCCACUAGUAGCUACAAAGUGAACUUCUCUGAAGAGAUUGGAAUGUGUCACUCCAAUCAGAGUGCACCUUGUACACCAAGUACCUCAAGUCUCUCAAACUACAGAUUUAUCUUCAUGCUUGGGCAAUUUCUUCAUGGAAUUGGAGCCACACCUCUCUACACUCUUGGAGUUACCUAUUUAGAUGAAAAUGUCAAGACCAGCUACUCUCCGGUCUACAUUGCUAUUUUCUAUACUGCUGCAAUACUUGGCCCUGCUGCAGGUUACCUGAUAGGAGGAUCUCUACUUAAUAUUUAUACAGAAAUUGGCAGCCAUACUGACCUUACCCCCGAAAAUCCUCUAUGGGUUGGGGCCUGGUGGAUAGGCUUCGUAGGGGCUGGAGCUGCUGCGUUUCUCAUUGCCCUGCCCAUCCUUGGCUAUCCUCGUCAACUGCCAGGAUCCCAGCGUUAUGUGGUAAUGAGACGAUCUGAAACUCAUCAGUUGAAAGACGGAAGCGAUAUUACAACGGCCAACCCAGAUUUUGGAAAAACUGUUAAAGAUCUGCCUCUCUCCAUCUGGCUACUCUUGAAGAACCCCACUUUCUUCUUACUCUGUUUAGCUGGGGCAACUGAAGCCACACUCAUUUCUGGAAUGUCAACUUUUGGGCCCAAGUUUCUUGAAUCCCAGUUAAGUUUAAGUGCCUCUGAUGCUGCUACCUUGUUUGGUUACUUGGUGGUGCCAGCGGGAGGCGGCGGCACAUUCCUUGGAGGAUUCUUUGUGAACAAGUUUAAGCUUCGCUGUUCAGGAAUGAUCAAGUUUUGUCUGUUUUGCACAUUAAUAAGUUUUUUGGCAACCUCCAUCUUUUUCCUGCACUGUCCCAAUAUGCCUAUGGCAGGGGUCACCCUUCACUCUAACAGAACCUUGCCAGAAGGCAUCCUCCAGCUGAUGGAGGAUUGCAAUGAGAACUGCGAGUGUCUGACAGAGAACUAUAGUCCCAUCUGUGGCUCUAACAACAUCAUGUACUACUCUCCCUGCCUCGCAGGCUGCACUAAAGGAACCAUCCUUCCAAAUGGCCAGAAGGUUUACCGGAACUGUAGCUGUAUUCCUCAAGGUCAUGCUACAGCAGGGAAAUGCACUUCAUCUUGUGAGAAAAAAUCCCUUCUCCUGCUUUUCAUGUUCAUUGCAAUUUUCUUUACAUUCCUCAGUAGCAUUCCUGCUCUCACGGCAACGCUACGGUGUGUAUCUGACCGGCAGAGAUCUUUUGCUCUGGGAAUCCAGUGGAUUGUUGUAAGAACGCUAGGUGCUAUUCCAGGUCCAAUUGCCUUUGGUUGGGUGAUUGAUAAAGCUUGUAUACUAUGGCAGACCCAGUGUGGGGAUCAGGGCUCUUGUUAUGUUUACCAGAACUCAGAUAUGAGCAAAUACACACUCACUGCUGGAUUUGUUUACAAGGUGCUUGGAUUUGUUUUCUUUUUGAUAGCCCUUUUACUAUAUAAACCACCAACAGGAUCACCAAAAUCUCUACCUUCUACUGCAUCAGACGACAACCCUGACCUCAGUGAAAAUCAUACUCCGCUUCCAAAACAAAAUGGUAUAUAGUAUUUUCUCCAUGUCAAAGAUAAUCCCAUUUUGGACCUUCUCUCCCCUUAUUGCCUUUUAUGGUCAUUUAAGUGAGCUAAUUUAAUACAGCAAUUUUGUUCAAUUUUCACAGUACAUUUGAUCCUGAACUUUAAUUUUUAUUCAAAGGUCUAUUAUGGGUGAUUAUCAGAUGGGAUUAAUUACAAAUGAAUCCAUCUCCUUUACCAUUGAAAAGCACAGUCUGAUCCUCCUGUUUCCAAAAGUGAUAGUUCUGGAAAGCAGAAUUUUAUUGUAAUAUUUGAAUGUGUCCAUGAAAUUUGUGGAGCCAUUACAAAGCAAUAAAGACACUUAAGGACAGGGGCUGUGGGAAAAAGAUUAGGCCCAUGUGUGUGAAAUGAGAAAUGCGGAAGAGACCUCCCUGUGCCAGAAAAAUGACCAACAAGGCCAUUUGUGAAGCUAGGAGUAGCUGGAAAAAGGCCGCAACUGUUUACUGUUGUUUUGGAGAGGAAAUUGGAUGGAGAUGGGUCAGGGGACUCCACCAGUCCACCCCAAGCCUUAGAGCAGGGCAUGAGCUAGACACUGUUUUUCCUGUUUUUGUGUCCUGUUUAAUUUAAUGUCCUGUUUUUCCUGCUUGAGUUCUCAAAUCUGAUUUGUUGAUUAUUUGUGUGAUAUUAAGACAACCUAAGGAUGUACUAGAUCUUACCAAAAGUUUUACUUUUCUAAAUACACAAAAUGAGGACCUAUGCAAUUUAUUAUUUUUGUCAUUUUAUGUGAUGAACAUUAAAAUAACUUUUUUUUGUAAGGGGAGGGUUUGCCAAUUCCAGUUUUCUAUAGAUUUCUCCCCCUUGUUCAAAGCACACUACGUUUGAAUAAAGCUAGAGUGUAGGGGUCAGGUAAUUGUAAAUGGCUAUGCUUAAAUACCUAUACUUACCUAUACUUAAAACUCUCAUUCACAAGUGAUGCGAAUGAAAAGUAAUCACUUUCAGAACAGCCUUAUGGACUUACAAACGUUGGACUCUUGUUUCAAAUCAUAGCAUUAUUCAAGCCAACUCUUUGGAGAUUUCCUGCGUUUUUUCUAACUCAUGAUUUUCCAAUACAGAAAGAUUAAAUCAGAUUAACUGAAAACUAUUGAUGCCAAUGAGAAAUGCUUUUUUAUAUAUAACCAUUUUUCUAAAAAAACUCUCAAAUUGUAUGACUGUGUAUUGAUUUGCAUACUUCAACCUGUGUAACACUUCAGUGCAGUACUGUCUUGCAAGGGAUUUUACCUGAAUGUACAUUGGACCCAUUUUGUGAAAAUAUAUUUAUGAUGUACAGUUUUACACCUGAAUCAUUUGUGUUUAUAAAGUGAAGCAACUUGAUUUAUAAGCAUAUGUUUAUGUGAUUUAAAUUCAUGUGUUUUUAGUGUACCAUGGAUAUUAUAUUUGUAUAUAGUUCUAAUAUUUAAAAAUUUUCAUACAUGACUUGUAAAGUGUUACAUUUCUAUAAAUUCAGUUUUAACUUGUUUGCAUAUACCUUACCUGGAAGCAUGCUCCAAGAUGAGUUCUGUUCCAUUUUGAUGGUUUGACCAUCUAGAUGCUCUUUAUACUAUAGUUCAAAUAAGAUUGCACUGCAGUUUUGAGUGCAGGCUUGGUUCCUGUGAAUCAAAUGAGUUAAAGGGAGAGAAUAUGUUUUACUUUUUUUCUGUAAAAAUGCAUCCUGUAAGGGUCAUCCCUAAGUGAAGUAGCUGUAUUUUCAUUUAAUUAAAACAAAAAAAUUAAAAAAAAUUCAGAAAGACUGCCCUCCAGUGGUGUGAGCUUUUUGUGUGCUGAAAGACAAAUGGGUGGCCUGAUCUACAUCUUUACAAAGCCUGCAUCCAUGUUGCUUGAUCUUUGACAAAAGAGCUGAAGCUCUCUAGGUCAGACCAAAAGUAUCAUGCUAAAUAUGGGCUGUUCCUAGUCAGAGAGGAGAGGGUGUUAGAAAAGAAAUUCUGGUCACGGGAGAGAGGAUUGGAGUCUUCUGAGAUGACUUAACUAAGUUUGGGACUGAUCGGGCCAAGGAGAAACUGUCCUUCAGUAGCUGAGUGAGGAAAAUAACAUACUCUAAACCCAAACUGACUGUCAUGUCCUCUGUCUUGCAGAAGGAAGGAUCUGGGUUUUGCCUUGUUUUUACCUGUAUGUGGAAUUGAUACAGCUACUUUUCUGGGCUGACAAUUCAUAAGAAGUGCUGGAUGUAGUACUUUGGAGUUGGGCAGUCAUUGGGUACUAAAUCAUCAGCCACUGACAGGAAUAAAGCAGAUUAGAUUAAUACAGGCAGGCAAAAGUGUUUGACGUUAAGGAAGUCUAAAUCCAAAUACCAUUUACUUUAGAAUUAGAAAAAUAAAUUGGAGCUAUUUAAUGGGUUCCUAACAGAAAAUGGUGGAAGAUAUCUGACUGUAGAUACUCAGUUAACUUGGUAUACCAAAAUCAAAUGGAUGGUUAUCAUGCUUAUUGGACUUAAAAAUAUUCACUAACAUUCAAUGUUUUAACUUUGUUAAAUCAUUGAGUACCAAAAGGUGAAGAACCAAAUAGGUGGCUUGCCUCAAUGAGAGUUUGUUUUCUGUACUUAAUGUCAGCAUUUACUUUGGCAGGCGGAUGUCAUUUCAGGUUCAUUUUAGCCCUUCUUGUUCCAUUAAUUGGAGGACAGGCAAGAUAACUUUUUGGUGUUCUUUCAGUUCUCGAUUAGAAUGCAUGACCCACAGCAUCAUUUUGCCUUCCAAGCAUUAUAAAGUAAUUCAAUGACCGAUAUCUCAUCAUAUUUUCCAUGUGAGUAAUGAAACCCAAUAUCCCUUUGUAAAGAAUACAUGAAAUAAAGAAUGGAACUAAAUUUU